GAAGUCGGAACGGGGGCCUCCGCGACGGGCAUGGGCACUAAGGUACAGGCUUCUGCUCAGUUAACAUGCGUUGCAGACAUGUUGUUUCGGCUUCUUGACGUGCUCUUCAUUUUCAUCUCUGAACCUUCAGAAGGGUCUGUUUCAGAUGUGACCAUAAUCACAGCCUCUCCUGGUGAAGAUGUUUUGCUCGGUUGCUUCUUCAAGCCGCAGACAGAAUCUGUGGACGGCUACUUAGCUGUGAGGUGGCUUCGCGACUUUUCAGUGGUUCACUACACUAUCGAUGGAGAAGAUCUUUCUGAUUUAACUUCACACCAGUUCAGAGGAAGAACCCACAUUUUUCCAUCCCAGUUGUCUAUGGGCAAUGCAUCCCUCCUGCUUCAGGAUGUUACAGUUGAUGACACAGGAAAUUACACAUGCAACCUGAUUGGCAACACGCUGAGGUCAACACAGAGCAUUCAACUGGACGUCCAAGACUCCUUCCUACCCAGCAUUGUUGAGAACCCGUGUGUCUUCUUCGCAAUCUUGUGUGUAUGCCUCUUUGUUUUCAAGCACCUUAGAAAAAAGCAUAUCAAAGGUGGGUCAGGGCCAGGCGUGCUGCAGAGGCAAUGUCUUCUUCAGAGGAUCUGUGAUGGCGGUAGGCAUACUGAUUUCAGUCUAAUAUCGGUGGAAUUGAGGCCAUGACAUAAAUCCUAAAACUUUUUUAUAAGCAAAGGCCAGCUUAUGAUUCAAAUCAGCCCAAGAAAGAGAAGAAACAAAAGAUCCUUUAGUGCAAACCCAUGAGGUCCUGCAGUAAAUAAAUACAAAAAAAAAAUCACGUACAAUUGUCACUUAAAACAGAAAGACAAUACUAUGAAUGUGUACAUAACUAAUAAUAAAAAUGAAACCUGA